UGACGCCUGCAUUUCCGACACAACAAUACAGCACCGAGUCGGUCUGCAGCCUCGCUCCCCCGGUCUCUCUCUCUCUCUCUCUCUCUUUCUCCCCCUCCCACGCCUCGCUCUCCUCGGUAUGGCGGACGGCGAGCGGUCCCCGUUGCUGUCGGAUUUAGGAGAUGGAGCUCUGGGCAGCGGGAACGGCGGGAUGUCUCCCGGCGCGGCGCCGUACGGCGUGCCCACCAAACCCCAGAGCUUCCCUCCGUUUCCCAGCCCCACUCAGCCCUCGGUGCUCCUCGGUGAGGACCCGCCGCCCUACUCCCCCCUCACCUCCCCGGAGAGCGGCAGUGCCCCCGUCAUCAGCUGCAGGGUGUGUCAGAGCCUCAUCUCCGUGGAGGGGAAGAUCCACCAGCACGUGGUGAAGUGUGGCGUCUGCAAUGAAGCUACCCCCAUUAAGAACGCCCCAGCGGGGAAGAAGUACGUCCGCUGCCCCUGCAACUGCCUGCUCAUCUGCAAAGUCACCUCUCAGAGGAUCGCCUGUCCUCGGCCAUACUGUAAGAGGAUAAUAAAUCUGGGUCCGGUUCAUCCUGGUCCGGCCAGCCCCGACCCCCAGCCAGCCGGAGCGCGCGUCUCCUGUGGACACUGCAGCAACACCUUCCUGUGGACAGAGUUCACAGACCGGACGCUGGCGCGAUGCCCACACUGCAGGAAAGUCUCCUCCAUUGGUCAGAGGUAUCCCCGGAGGCGGAGCUUGUGGUGUUUUCUACUCUGCUUGCUAUUCAGCAUUUCCACCGCUGGGCUGAUGGCGGGAACGUGGGUCAAGGCCCAGACCUACCAGGGGAUCUACGCCUCGUGGGCCGUGCUGCUGCUCCUGGUCCUCGUCACCUUGGCCCGGGCCUUCUACUGGGCGUGCAUGAGGGUCAGCCAGCCGCUGCAGAACUUCACAUAGAGGGCACUUCCACUCCUCCUCCUCCUCCUCCUCCUCCUCCGCCUCCGUCACCUGCCGCAAACCCUCCCCCCCCUCCCCUCCCCCGGCAGGAGAGGAAAUAUGGCAUAAAUGAAGAAAAACACAAUAUUUAUUUAAAUCUGAUACCAGAAAGGAAAAAAGUUCUCCUGCUCCUGUCUCUUCCCUUUUAGUCAGACGUAUUUCUAAAACUGGACGGCAUAUCUAUUGGUAAUUAUAAUGACGCCUAUAGCCUGUUGUACUGUUUAUCUAAUCUAAUCUCGUGGCCAGUGUGGGGUUCAUUUUAACAUUUUUAACACUUGUUUUCUCUCCGUUGCCCCUUCGCCAUUGAUCCGCUCUGGCUUUAGUCUGCGUCACAUCUGUCGCUCUCCUGCAGCUCCUGAGACGAGGGCUCAAAGCCCCCCCCCCACCGUCAGAUGUGAAUAUCUUUUUGUUUCGGAGGACUCGUCCCUCUCCCAUCCCCAUUCGACACGACGUCAUCAGCAUUUAACAUUUUUUGUUUCUUAAACGGAGAAACAAGAGUCAGGUGAAGCUAACGCAUCGACGCCAGUCGAAGCCGAGCGGCUGGAGGGACAUCAGCCGCCUUUUGUGAAUCACAAACUCAAGUAGGUGUUGAGACGUGUCUGAGAAAUUGAAUUCAGCAAUAUGUGAAGGUAGGCUAUGAUGUUUCUGAACUCAGUGUUUAUGCUGAAUAAUCCCCCGGGACUGACUUUGAUCCAAAGCAGCUUGAAAGCCUUAAAGGGAGGUGUGAUAGAAGGAUUCAGCACACACACACACACACACAUAUACACACACACACACGCACAAAUACAUACAGUCGCCCAGCAGAAGCAGGUUUUUUUUUUUUCUUCUUCUUUUUCUUUUUUAGUAUAAAGAGUUUUGGAGGCUGGUUUUGUCAGAGGCGUCCCAGCCUCUCUCUUCAAAGACACAUCUUUCCCACAUUGUUGUUCUUGUUUCAGUGGAGGCAGAUGUGACCGGCUCGCCACUUCGCAUGAGACUUGGAGAUUUUGUUGCGGUCCGAUAAGAAUGAAGCCGCAUCUCGGGCUCCUAAACUGCAGCCUAGUAUUUUUUAUAUUUUCACCUCUUAUUAGAUAACUUUCAUACAUCCAAAUGUCAGCUUCUCUCAUUUCUCUGUUCACUGUAUCACCAGAGCAGAACCUUUCUUCUCAUCUGUUCUCAUUUUCAAGAACACCCCCCCUCUCCACUCUCUGAAACCAUGAAGGAUGCAGAUUAUUUUUCUGAAUAUAUAUAUACAGGUCUGGUCAGAAGUUUCAUUCUGCAGUUCACGGAAGUCAUUUUAAACCAGAUGCAGUCCGGUCCAGAUCCGUCAGAUCAGGACUCUGUGGGAGCCGGGCUUCGCUGCUGUAGGCUGUCAGCCUCCCCGCUGGUGUUACAGGACGUUAAAUGAGAAUAUAUUAUCCAUGCAUCUCCUCUCCCGUUCAAGGUUGCUCGCUCCGAUGCCAGCUGACCAUUAGCGAAGGCAGCAUCGGUCAAUCACAGUUCAAGUCCAGAAAGACCGUCACACACUCGCAUUUAGCUCUUGAGGGGAAUUUAGACUCACCACUGAGCCUCAAGCACGCGUUGCUAUGAUGUAUAUUUAAACUUUAUGGAUCGGCUUCUGGUUCAAACGUUGGAAUUUCAGUACAUUUGAGUCAGAAAACACCAAAAUCAUGACCUGCUGAUGAGCUCAACAUGUUAUUAACCUGUAAAUCACAUGAAAGCAUUUCCUUUUUUUUUUUUCUUUGUGGAAAUAUGUUAAGAUUUUUAUUUUUCUUCGUUGAAGAUGGAGGCAGGUCCUGAGCUUCCCCGUGCAUUGGUUCCAGGUGGAACUUUCCCCUUUAGGCCAAAGGAACAUUUCUAGAAGAGGAAAGCUUGCGUCGGUCAGAAUAGGUCAGUAACAUCAACACAAACACGCACUUCAAAUCCUGUACUUUGUUCUGAAUGUGGUAACUUUUAAAAUCUUCAGUUAUUAUUGAUUAGUGUUGGUUUUUUUUUUUUUUCUUUCUUGUAAAUAUGUUUUGUUUCCUGUACAAUAGAAGUAACAAAACAAAUGGUGUUGCACUCUGGAGCUCAACACUACCGCUGUGAUCGCUGCAGUAGUUUUUAUUUCUUGUUUUUAAGAAGGUUAUUUUUACAACUCUUCGCCUGUUACAUAUUUAAUUAUCUGAUCAACUACUAACCUGAUAAGCCUCUGGAUGCUCGGUCGCAUCCAAUCCUUAAAUACACACACAUACAUACGCACACACACAGUUUUUGACAUACUUGCACAGAAUAUCACAACUGAAUCACAUUCCCAAA